GGUACGGCGCACUGUUCGCCGAGGCCCGGUCGAGACACCACCCCGGCCCAGCACCGUCCGACGCCGACGGACUGGUGAGAGCUCAGCGACCCGUCUGGCACUGCGGCUACCGGGCGCCGGCCGACUGUCAGCCAUAGGACGAGAAUGGCGUUUUUAUGGGCAAUAUUCGUGUCGGCCGUUGGUCUGGCGAUAGCCGAGUCGCCAGUCGCACCGGAGUCCCCUAUGCCAGAGUCUAGUAGUCAGCUGAAGGUCUGGUGUAACAACGUGGAGGAGGGAGAGAAACUGCUCAUCGGCCGGAAGAACACCACCCUCCAGAGCGCGUGUGACCUGCGGGCCGAGAUUACUCCCGCGGCCGUUGGCAGUUUGGUGCUGGCAUUUGCAGUUCAGUCCCUGACAGACAUGGGGACGUCAGGCAGCAUCCACGGCACCUUCCUCGGCGUCCCGAAAAUCUACGGUCUCGUCAACAAAACAGAAGAGUUUACGGAGAGUAACCUGUUCGCGAUCCGCUCGAUUGAGCUGGACGACAUUCCUCUGAGUGGUAUGCGCGCCUACCUGGACGGCUGGUGCGGCACUGUCUACCUACUGGCCGCGCUGCUCAACGGCUCGGAUACAGUCGACAACACCAUCAUCACGGCCAGGAUGGAGUGCCCCGAUGAGACCGGCGUGGACCUGGUGCCAGAGGUGACCGCUGAUCCCUCAUGGAGACUGGACAAUUACGGGGCGCUCCUCUUCAAUCCGUACGAGACGAUGAACAUCCCCAUCCGGAUCGCGGUUCGAAACAACGGCAGCUCGGCCCUGUCGGCCCGCACCGACCCCGACGCGCUCCGGAUCUGGGUCUACUUCAAACGCAACUACCUUCAUUCCAACAACACAAUUGUGCCGCUCAACAUGUCCACAUUCGAGCUGAUGCCUUCACCCGGAGACGUCAUGAUCAGCAUCGACAACAUCAUCAACCGGACUCGGCCCGGCAGCCCAGCGAUCGGGGCCGGUUCGUCUGUGGAACUGACUCUCACCCAGCUGAAGCUGCCCGAGCACCAGUGUGGGGACGGCAUCAUCGUGAUCAGCGUGGACCCGCUCGGAGAGAUCACGGACACCCAGAGGGGCAACAACGCCGUCGGCAUCCGCGUCCAAAGUCCCUGCCAAGCUGAUGCCGGUCAGUGUUACGUGUACGGCACGCCCGAGCCCGGCGUCUCGCUGGUGGCGCUCCACCACAGCUACUCGUCCAUGCCCUCCAACAUCAUCAAGCUGCACGCCGCCACUGCCGAGAUCCAGCGGCUGCCGCCCGCCUACAUGCUGACCGCCAGCCAGCGCCUGGAUAUGGUGAAGGCCGUGAGUCUGUCGCACGCCAUCCAGGCGGAGGCCAACCGGCUCCAGGACAUUGGCAGCUGUGACGGGGUGUCCGAUCUGCUCUAUCACGGCCUCUCCUGGGAGCACUCUGUGCUGAGCCGUCUCUCGCAGGGCCUGGUCGGUGCUGGCGAGGUGAUCAGCGGUGUCUCCGCCAAGUCUGAGUUUGAGUACGACCAGCUGCGCCUUCUGAGCACGCUGGCCUCCACCAUCGGCCAGAUGCUGCAGCAGAAGGGCAGCCUGCGCACCAUCCUCAGCACCAUCAUCCACGGAGACAUGUCCAUGUUCUCGCACAUUCCUGGGAUUGGCGGCACGCCCAACAGCCACGAGGGAAGCGGUGGGUACGACGGCAGCUUUGGCGGCGGCGGCUACCCCGGCGGCGGCUACCCCAGCGGCGGCUACUCCGGCUACCCCGGCGGCGACUCCUGGAGCUUCCACACAGCAGGUGGCUCAGGAAGCUUCGACUACUCGUCACCCGGCCCACGAGACUAUGACUAUUCAGGAGGGUACGACUAUUCGGCUGGUGGCUCAAGAGGAUACGACUAUUAUGGAAGCGGUUCAGGUUACGAUUAUGAUUAUUCUGGAAGCGGUUCGGGAGACGACUAUUCCUACUCUAUUCCAAGAGAUUACGAAUUUUAUGGAAGCGGUUCAGGAGAUUACGACUAUUCCUAUUCUGGAAGUGGCUCGGGAGGAUAUGACUACUAUGGCAGCGGUUCAGGUUCGGACUACGACGAUUACGGAAGCGGAUCCGAUUCAUACGACUAUUACGGAAGCGGAUAUGGUUCAUACGACUAUUACGGAAGUGGAUAUGGUUCAUACGACUACAGCGACUACCCCGAUAGCUUGGGAGACUACACUGGCGACGGUGGUGAUGCCAGUCCACUGACAUUGAAAAGGAAGAAACGUUUUGCUCCAAUUCCAGAUAUAUAUCCAAGUGACGACGCAGGCUCUGGCAGCAUGGACAGCAUGGAAUACAGCGGCGACAAGCCCACCUGGAGUCCGGACAAGGACCAGUCCUGGAAUGACGGCAUGGGCGGCGGAAUGGGCGGCGGCAUGGGCUACCACCCCAGCACUAUGAUGGCUCCCCUGGUGCGGAUUCAGCUGUUCUUCGGCACAGUCAUGUCGUACGUGGCACGCGCUGAUUACCGGGGUCUGCGUUUGCCGGGCUGCUUCCCCGAGACGUUCAACGAUAACUUCCGACGGUUCGUCAAAGCCCUGCUGUGGCGCACAUCGCCGGUUCAGGAGAUCCCCGGUUACGAGGAAGUCAGCGAUGACUUUGUGGCCAACGUCAGAAGCAUGAUCAAGCAGUUCAGCUCCGGCGUCGAUAUUGAGUCGGCAUUGUUUAUGUUCCGACUACCCUACGAGUUCGACAAAGCAAUAGAGCGCUGGAUCGAGCGUCGCGGCGGCUUCAACUUGAUGAUGCCGCUGCAGCCGGACAUGAUACCCGGCAUGCUGGAGGAGGCGGUCCGCAUCGCCAACAACUUCACCGUCUACAGCUGGGAGGGCGACGUCGCCAUGAAGAACAAGAGCAUGGUGCUGCUGGGAAAGGUGGCCAGCGCGCUGCUCAAGACCAGACGGGACGAGGCGCUCGACAAGUUCGUACAGGCCUUCACUCAGGUGCACGCCCUUCUGGCCACCGGGGAGCUGGCGGAGGUGUCUGGCGCGCCCGGCAUGGAGCUGAACGAUAACGACAUAUGCAGACGGAUCGUGGAGAUGGCCGUCAAGGAGGACGCCGGCGGCAUGAACACACCCCUGCUGCUGAUGCGUGACGGCGACGUGUACUCGGUCCGCCCAUCCCCUCUGACCGAGGAACUCAUCUGGAAAAAGGUGGUCGCCUGCGAAUGUUCCCCCGGAGGAUGGUCCGGCGUGGCCUUCUAGGCUCGCAACAACGAGGAAUAACGCAAGGCGUCAGCUCCAGACCCAGUCUCGAGAAGAAUAAAAAAGAAAGGUCGAAUUCAGACAUUUGUAGAAGCAAUGAUUUAAGCGGCAUGGGAUUGCACGCCCCUGCGACCGUUCUUGUAGGCACAAUGCCUUAAUACAGGGCCUGAAUAGUUGACCGCUCCCCUAAGGUCCGAAUUCAGUAACCGGGCUGUUCUUUUAUCGGGCCCGCACCACACCUCACGAGAGGCGCCCAUGUUGCGAACAGGGUAGGGAGAUAGAGAGCUCGAGCCUUGCACACACCGUCCUUAUGCCUUACGUAUCGUAGCGCGGUGUAUCUGCAUAUUUAUCCAUAGAUGUAGUGUGGCCUGACAAUGGACAAAGUCGUCACUUGGUCUACAGGCGGUGAAAAUACGAACUGGGUUUGAGCAGUUAGGGCAGUGAAAAUGGAUUUGCGAUAUGGGGGUGAGGCUAGGCAACGGAUAGAGCUGUUGGAUUCGUGCACGGCUCGAAGAUUAUGUGUUAUUCUCUGGAAGUGUUAUAUAUAAUCGAUAUUUAUUUCGGUCGGAGUCCGGCGUCGUUGCGAGUGGGAACAUUGCUGUGAUACUGCGGUCGGCCGACCACCCGCGAUGGGCGCCUCACCCCUGCCUCCCAGCGGGCACAGCGGUUUGAGGACCACCACGGCGGUGGCGGACGACCCAGCACCCGGCCAGGCAUGCGCCAUAACUCUGGAUCGACGCACCUACGAUUUAACGCGAAAAUACGCCGCUGUUAAUGCGAAACAAGCACAGCUGUUGCACGUAUAUAUUCAAUUAAACUGAGCCAGCAGCGCUCCGUCUGUGUGCCUGCAUGUCUAUUGUCUAUAGUCUGGGAUGGCCACCCUCCGGCCCGCCCCAUCCGUCGCCGGGCGAGGGGUCAGAGGUCUAUCGCCUGGCGAAUUACAUUAUGGUCACGUUUGUUGUCC